UCUUGUGAGAACUGCAUCGUGUGCUGGCGUCCCGGGGGCCACCACGAGUCGACCAAGCUGAAGGCGGAGGAGAAGGAGAAGGAGAGCGUGUGGGUGCUGCACCGGUUCGAGUACCGGGAGUGUGAGAUCUGGUACAUGAGGUUCUCCCUCGACUACAACCAGCAGAUCAUGGCGCUGGGCAACCAAGUAGGGCACAUCUUUGUCUGGGACCUGGACGUGGAUGACCCCACACAAACCAAAUUUGCUAAGCUGGCACACCACAAGAGCACGGCCGCUGUGCGCCAGACAGCACUUUCGAAGGACGGCAACAUCCUCCUGGCAGUCAGCGACGACGGCAGCAUCUGGAGGUGGGACCGCAUCAGGUGAUUGCUCUCCCUUUGGCUGUCGGCCCACGACGCUCGGAUGAGUGGAUGAAUGGAUGGAUGACUGGGAUUGUGGAACUGCUUGGGAGAAACAAGUGGGAGAUGAAUUUGGAGACAAAGGAUGAACUUCUUCGCAGUUAACACUUUUUUACCUCUGCAUACAAGGUUUUUUGACAAUACGGUGCAGCCUCUCUAUAACGACCUUCGAUAUAACGACAUCCUCUGUAUAGCGACAUGGUGCGCAGGUCCCGAUUUUUUCUUUAUAUUAGUAAUAUUUUUUGGUUGUCUCUCUUUAAUGACAUUUUUUUCUGGUCCUGACAAUGUCGUUACAGAGAGGCUGCUCAAUACAGAGAGUAUUGAAAUGGAAGUGAUAUGCUCACCCAUCACCCCCCUAAAAAAAUUAGAGUAAUAGACUGUACAAAAUUAAUCUUCACAACAGCUUUGCCAACUUUUAGAAGUCCCCCUUGUUUAUCUGUAAAGUAAUACUUUCUCAGUGCUUCCCUUUUAGAAGUUCUCUUGUUUUACCUCAUCGAAAAAUUGCCAGGGCUGAUGUGGUUUGAUAUUAAGUGGUUCAAUUUCAUGAGUCUUCAAGUGGUUCCUGCAUUUGGAAUGACAUGGCGUACAGAAUAUUUUUCAUACCUGUGUACACUUGUUUCUGUAUGCAUGAACAGUUUGAAAUGUGAGUGAAUGGCGGAGAAUUGUGCGAGUGAAAGAGUUGAUGUUGUGUGUGCUCAGGGGGGUCGCCUCUCAUUUGUCAUUGUUACAUUUCAUCUGAAUAAAAGUUCACAUCAAAUUUUGUA